AUGGCCAGGCAACCACAUAACAUAACCGCCCCCCCCCCCCCUCUCACCGUUCUUUCCCGAAUUGGGCGAUCGUACGUCCGGAUCGACCGUCAAGAACAUGCGUUCGCUUCGUCCAGGCGUGGCUACAAUUCAGCGGUGGUGCAGCACUACUACGUACGGAGAAGGUGUUGUUCCCCGGUCCCUGGGACGCGUGCUCCCAACUGUUCGGAAGACGCAUGCUGCGAUGUAUGCGAUGCGCGUUGUGCAGAUAGUCG